UGCACAUGGCUGAUGUUAGAUACUGAUAUCGCACAUUAUUCCGCAGAGAGCGCAGGUAUUUUCAAGUCUCCAAUUGUGCCUAUAUAAAAAUGUUUGUGAAAUUUGAUGUAUGGCAUGAAAACUUAAACAAAAUUCACUUGGAUUUAUGUGCACCAUGUAUCAUUUCUUAAAAUCAUGUGUUUUUUUGUUCAGCAACAUUGCAGAGGUUAUUACAAAAUUCACUCAACUGACACCACAAUAAAGGACAAAAAGGACGCAUAACACUUCUUUGUGAAGGAUGCCGAGGGUCAUUAUCAGAGAAAAUAAUGAAAAAGUACAAUUUGAGGGAGAAGGUGCAGGGACAACAUCAAACUUAUGCUCUAGGAAUUAAAGAGGUUUGGGAAAUUGAUUCAAGUAAGCAUGAACCUGGUCAUGUACUUCACACCUUGGGUUGGCCAUUGGAUAACAAGACGCAUGGGGGAUCUUUUCUAUAUCAUACGAAAGACAGACAGGUUUCUCUUGGCCUUCUUGUUGCUUUGAAUUACCACAACCCUUUCUUGAAUCCUUAUGAGGAAUUCCAGUUACUUUGCGCCUGUUAAGCUUUGGGUAUGACUACCAUUGGGUAUUUCUUUAUAUGCAUGCAAUGUUCUAGAAUCCACAGAAGUCUUGGAGUGCACAUAUCAAAGGUGAUAUUUUGUUCAUUGGUUA